CGGUCGGGUCAGGCUGUCUGCGCUCGUGAACUGCACACAUCAACAAGGAGAUAACCCAUUUCUCUUCAUAGCAGUUGUGUCUAUAAAUACCUCCUCUGCUCGUUUCUACCUGUAAGGUUGCAACGCUGGGUCUACCAGAAUGAAUGUGGGUGUGGCACACAGUGAGGUGAACCCAAACACGCGGGUCAUGAACAGUCGGGGGAUCUGGUUGACCUAUGCACUCGGUGUUGGCAUACUUCACAUUGUGCUCUUGAGCAUUCCCUUCUUCAGCGUGCCAGUGGUGUGGACUCUCACUAACGUCAUACACAACUUUGGAAUGUAUGUGUUCAUGCAUGCAGUGAAAGGCACGCCCUUUGAGACCCCUGACCAAGGAAAAGCCAGACUGCUUACACACUGGGAACAGCUGGACUACGGCGUGCAGUUCACCUCAUCUAGAAAGUUCUUCACCAUCUCUCCAAUCAUUCUAUACUUCUUGGCGAGUUUCUACACAAAGUACGACACGACACACUUUAUUAUAAACACUGCCUCACUUUUGAGCGUCCUGAUCCCAAAGCUGCCACAGCUACACGGAGUGAGACUGUUUGGUAUUAACAAGUAUUAAGUUAUUGUAAAGCUGUGCCUCUUAGCAGCACAAGUGAAGUCCUGUGUAGCGUGUAACCCGGAGUUGUACAGUUUGUGUAAAUGUCACUGUCGUUGUUUAGAUAUAUCAGGUUUGAGAAGAAAUGUAAAAAGAAACAGGAGUAGGUUUGUAGGUGACAGGAUGCCAUAUGCAUUACUAACUUAUGUGAAUAUUUAAUGAUGUAUUUUUGGCCUGCGUGGACCUGGGCUGGCCCAGGCGACUGUUAGGCUUUUGGUUGAGUUUCUUUUUUUCCUGUCUUUGCCCUCUCAUUCACACGGCAACACAAAUUGUGAGUAUGAGUGUUUGUAGCCACAAGUAUGUCCCAAAUGUAUUUUUCAAAGAUGUUUACUUUCUGAGGGUGGCUCAGUCUGGUUUUGUAAGGGGCGUCUAAAGUAUUCAUGCCGAGUGGAACAUGGAAUCAUUUCUUUCUUUGCAUGAUUUCCUGGGUGUGUGAAUCAUUUCUCAUUUGUAUUUCAAUCAGAAAAGGGCAGGCUUUUUUCAUUGUACAGACUUUUUGUGAAUGUUUUGUCCUGUGUGUCGAGAUGAGAUGAGAUGAGUAAUUGUUAGGGUAAGCGUUUACUGAGAGGUCUGCGGUGUCUGUGAUGAACUUACACUCAUGUAGCCGCUCUCUUUAGAUCAUGACUUUUUGCUAUUAUCAAGGCAGCGAGUCCUGCUUUGUUUGGCCAUAGCGCAUAGUACUCUUGAUAUUUCCUGUUCUUAAUCUUAUUAAAAUGUUGUUGCCCUCCAA